AUGCCCCAAACGAGAGCGCAGGCGGCCACUGCGGCCUCCGGGGAUCUACUCUCGCAAGCCCAGUCAUCCACCACGCACAUCGUGAAGAAAGGCUGGGACCACUGGCUCAUCAUCGGUCCAAAGACAGUCACCACGCGAGAAUUGCGCCCCAACGAAUAUCUUCUACAGGAUGGAAAGCCCAUCGCCCCUUAUUGGUUCGCGGAGCGCCUCCGAAACGAGGUUGCCGUCGCAGCCUUUCUACGAGCCAACACGACGAUUCCGGUGCCCCCAUCGCGACUCUACACAGACGGCGGUCUGCUUCAUCUAGAGACUGAGCGCGUUCUAGAUGGGAUUCCUCUUUCGGAUUUUAUAUUCACCUCUGGCAGCUUCAAUCUCUACGCAGCAACCGCAUCGGCAGCGUAG